CCUGAGAUCGGCUAGGGGGAGCCGGUGAUCUCGUGGGGCCGGGAGUUGGGUGCAGUACUGCGCCAGAUUCAAGGGGGAGAGCUCCCCGGUCUUCUCGCUCUAUAAGGCGAGAGUGAGAAGAUUCUCAGGAUUUUGAAGAGGAGUCGGCGGCGGCGGCGGAUUGCCAGGAUCUGUCAGAUCCCUGUAGAGACUGGGGAGUCGCAGCUUCCAAUCCGGGGAGACGGGGAUCCCUGGGGGGAGCCCUGUUGUAAAUCCCUGGGCCCAAGACGGAGGACCCACAGGCCGGGCACCAUGGCGUCUAUCCUGGAUGAAUACGAGGACUCCCUCUCCCGCUCGGCCGUCUUGCAGUCCGGCUGCCCCAGCGUCGGCAUCCCCCACUCGGGAUAUGUGAAUGCCCAGCUAGAGAAGGAAGUGCCCAUUUUCACGAGGCAGCGCAUUGACUUUACCCCUUCUGAGCGUAUCACCAGUCUUGUCGUCUCCUGCAAUCAGCUCUGCAUGAGCCUGGGCAAGGAUACACUACUCCGCAUUGACUUAGGCAAAGCAAAUGAACCCAACCACAUGGAGCUGGGGCGCAAGGAUGAUGCGAAAGUUCACAAGAUGUUCCUGGACCCUACUGGCUCUCACCUGCUGAUCGCUCUGAGCAGCACUGAGGUCCUCUACGUGAACCGUAAUGGACAGAAAGUUCGGCCCCUGGCACGCUGGAAGGGGCAGCUGGUGGAGAGUGUGGGCUGGAACAAGGCCCUGGGUACCGAGAGCAGCACAGGCCCCAUCCUGGUUGGCACUGCCCAAGGCCAGAUCUUUGAAGCAGAGCUCUCGGCCAGCGAGGGUGGGCUUUUCGGCCCUGCCCCGGAUCUCUACUUCCGUCCGUUGUAUGUGCUAAAUGAAGAAGGGGGCCCAGCACCUGUGUGCUCCCUCGAGGCGGAGCGGGGCCCUGAAGGGCGUGGCUUUGUCAUCGCCACCACUCGGCAGCGCCUCUUCCAGUUCAUAGGCCGAGCAGCCGAGGGAGCUGAGGCCCAAGGCUUCUCGGGGCUCUUUGCUGCCUACACUGACCAUCCACCCCCAUUCCGUGAGUUCCCCAGCAGUCUGGGCUACAGUGAGUUGGCUUUCUACACCCCCAAGUUGCGCUCUGCGCCCCGGGCCUUCGCCUGGAUGAUGGGGGAUGGCGUGUUGUAUGGCUCGUUGGACUGCGGGCGUCCCGACUCCCUGCUGAGCGAGGAGCGGGUCUGGGAGUACCCAGAGGGGGUGGGUCCUGGGGCCAGCCCACCCCUGGCCAUCGUCCUGACCCAGUUCCACUUCCUGCUGCUGCUGGUGGACCGGGUGGAGGCGGUGUGCACGCUGACGGGGCAGGUGGUGCUGCGGGACCACUUCCUGGAGAAGUUUGGGCCACUGAAGCACAUGGUGAAGGACUCCUCCACGGGCCACCUGUGGGCCCACACCGAGCGGGCCGUCUUCCGCUACCAGGUACAGCGGGAGGCCCGGGAUGUCUGGCGCACCUACCUGGACAUGAACCGCUUCGACCUGGCCAAAGAGUAUUGUCGAGAGCGGCCUGACUGCCUGGACACGGUCCUGGCCCGGGAGGCCGACUUCUGCUUCCGCCAGCAUCGUUACCUGGAGAGUGCCCGCUGCUACGCCCUGACUCAGAGCUACUUUGAGGAGAUUGCCCUCAAGUUCUUGGAGGCCCACCAGGAGGAGGCGCUGGCCGAGUUCCUGCAGCGAAAACUGGCCAGUUUGAAGCCUGCUGAGCGCACCCAGGCCACGCUGCUUACUGCCUGGCUGACGGAGCUCUACCUGAGCCGACUCGGGGCCCUGCAGGGUGACCCUGAGGCCCUGAACCUCUACCGGGAAACCCGGGAGCGUUUCCGCACCUUCCUAAGCAGCCCCCGCCACAAGGAGUGGCUCUUCGCCAGCCGGGCCUCCAUCCAUGAGCUGCUCGCCAGCCACGGGGACACAGAGCACAUGGUAUACUUUGCUGUGAUCAUGCAGGACUACGAGCGCGUGGUGGCAUACCACUGCCAGCAUGAGGCCUACGAGGAGGCCCUGGCCGUGCUGGCCCGCCACCGUGACCCCCAGCUCUUCUACAAGUUCUCACCCAUCCUCAUCCGUCACAUCCCUCGCCAGCUGGUGGACGCCUGGAUUGAGCUGGGCAGCCGGCUGGAUGCCCGGCAGCUCAUCCCUGCCCUGGUGAACUACAGCCAGGGUGGCGAGGCCCAGCAGGUGAGCCAGGCCAUCCGGUACAUGGAGUUCUGCGUGAACGUGCUGGGCGAGACUGAGCAGGCCAUUCACAAUUACCUGCUGUCGCUCUAUGCCCGAGGCCAGCCAGCCUCGCUGCUGGCCUACCUCGAGCAGGCCGGGGCCAGCCCGCACCGGGUGCAUUAUGACCUCAAGUACGCGCUGCGGCUCUGUGCUGAGCAUGGCCACCACCAUGCUUGCGUCCAUGUCUACAAGGUCCUGGAGCUGUAUGAGGAGGCUGUGGACCUGGCCCUGCAGGUGGACGUGGACCUGGCCAAGCAGUGUGCUGACCUGCCCGAGGAAGAUGAGGAGCUGCGCAAGAAGCUGUGGCUGAAGAUUGCUCGGCAUGUGGUGCAGGAGGAGGAGGAUGUGCAGACGGCCAUGGCCUGCCUGGCCAGCUGCCCCCUGCUCAAGAUCGAGGACGUGCUGCCUUUCUUCCCUGACUUCGUCACCAUCGACCACUUCAAGGAGGCGAUCUGCAGCUCGCUGAAGGCUUACAACCACCACAUCCAAGAGCUGCAGCAGGAGAUGGAAGAGGCCACAGCCAGCGCCCAGCGCAUCCGGCGAGACCUGCAGGAGCUGCGGGGCCGCUAUGGCACCGUGGAGCCCCAGGACAAAUGUGCCACCUGCGACUUCCCCCUGCUCAACCGCCCUUUUUACCUCUUCCUCUGUGGCCACAUGUUCCACGCUGACUGCCUGCUGCAGGCCGUGCGGCCUGGCCUGCCGGCCUACAAGCAGGCUCGGCUUGAGGAGCUACAGCGAAAGCUGGGCACUGCUCCACCCCCUGCCAAGGGCUCUGCCCGGGCUAAGGAGGCCGAGGGGGGCGCUGCCACUGGGGGGCCCAGCCGGGAACAGCUCAAGGCUGACCUGGAUGAACUGGUGGCCGCUGAGUGCGUGUACUGUGGGGAGCUGAUGAUCCGCUCUAUUGACCGGCCCUUCAUCGACCCUCAGCGCUACGAGGAGGAGCACCUCAGUUGGUUGUAGGAAUGUGUCAACCCCGAUAGGCGGGCAGGCGGUCGGGGGCUGUCCCUUCUUGGGAAGGCCACAGCGUCACCUGUCCUUGGUCUCCUGGAGGCUGCUGGGCUGGGACUGUGGUGGGGGCAGUGGAAUUAUAGCUGUUGUCCUCGAGGAGUGAGCUAUGAUUGCAUUCUGCCAGCUGCCCGUGCUGUUCUUCAGGGCUGCCUUAGAGCUGCUGUUUUGCCAGGCCAUCAGCCUGCUUCCCAACAGAGGGCCUUAGCCUGGAGAAGUCAGAAUUCUGACCCCAUUACCAUCCCCCCUGCAUCUAACAGCUCUUUCUUCCUUUUCCCUCCUCACACACGUCAUGUUCUCUUUCUGGAGCACUACCUACCAUUAUUCCUUUUCAGUCUGUGGCUCUUCUUCCUCAGAAGCCCUCUCUUCUGUUGGCUUCUAGGUCCCAGAGGUGAAAAGACAACCCCUCCAAAUCCUGGGCAUGGGGUGGGGGGAAAGGUGGUGCCGAUGGUGGGCAUGCUCUUGUGCACACUGUCUGGGGCUCCAGUGUGAAGGGUACCCUGGGGCAGAGGGCCUUACGGAGGACAGUGGGAGAUGGUGAUGGGGUGGAGAGCAUUAAACUGUCUGCGCUGGUGACUGUGGAGUUGAUGGCUUUGUGUUGAUGCUGGGCAGAGUGGUGUGUGAGUGAUCUCCAAGAGGGGCCAGGGUGUCACGGGGAAGCUGCCAGGGCCCUGCAUGUUCAACCUUGGCCCUUGCUCCUUUUCCUGGAGAUGUGCAGGAUGAUUUUGCCAUUUUCUGCUCACUUCUCUGCCUUCCACUGUAUGCAUUCUGACUCCAGGCUUCGGUUGGGAAUUAGGGCCCACCCUCCCAAGUCUAGGAGCAGGGACUGUUCUUCCCUUUGGCCAGCAGGUGGUGUUGCUCCCCACAGAACCCUCCACACUCAGGCAGCAGGGGGCGCUGAUUUCUCAAGUCACUUUCUCCACUGGUCCUUCCUUGGUCUAUUCCCUCCCUAGUUGUUCCCAAGAGUUUUCUGGUAAUUGCCGCUGCCUAACCAUAAAUCUAAGCCCCUCAUUCUUCCUCCCUCCACUGGCGCUUACGCAUGCUAGAUUUUGUUUGCCCCUCUCUUGGCCAGCCUGCAUGCAUCCCUGCAUUCUCAACUUCUGCCCAGUUUUGAUACUGCCCUACCACUGUCUGGCAUUUAACCAUGAUUUUUUUUUUGUUUUUGGCCAAGCUGUGUGGCAUGUGGGAUCUUAGUUCCCCGACCAGGAAUCAAACCUGUGCCCCCUGCAUUGGAAGCGCAUAGUCUUAAUCACUGGACCGCCAGGGAAGUUAACCAUAAUGUUGAGGUCCAACAUGGAGGCGAGACUACCACUGCCACCAUCCAUUGCAUUUGGCAGAUAUGUUUUCUCCCCAUCUAUCUCCUUUGACCUGCCCAUCCCACCAGCUUACAGUUCUUUAGUUGUGGCUUGAGGCUAAGCCCUAGGGAGUUCUGAAGCAGGGCCUUCCUGUGACAUCAGCUGAGCACCCUUUGCUCCAUGGACUGGUGUUCACAGUCCACUGCCCAGGCUUAUGGGUGUGGUCUAUCAGCUGCCCAGACUGAAACAG